GCCCUUGGUAACUUUUUAAGGCUGCUUUAGGCUGCAUUCCUCAAAUUCUUUAUUCGUGGCCCUGUAAUUAACAGCUUCAGGUUCACUGCGUGAACAGUAGAUUCCAUAACUUUCCACUUGUUGUGCCCUUGGAUGCUGGACUGUUGCAACAAACAGACAAAGCUGCACAUCAACCCUGAUUCUCAAAAUACGCAACUUUGCCGCUGCAAAAAAAAAAAAAAGAGAGAGAGAGAGAAACCAAAAAGCCCUACCUGUGGAUGCUGUUCUGGAGUCAUGUUCAGAUUAUGGCAGUAGAGGUCCAAAAAUAUGUGAAAAAGAAUCCUAUGUGUGGGAGAGGGACACCUUCUUGAUGAUGGAUUAUUGACUGAAGCACGUUCUGGCUGAACAAUCAACUAUGCACCAUCUCUUUGGACUCGUUUUGGGACAAAAGGAUCUUUCACGUGCAGGGGACCUCUUCUCCUUAGACAAUGCUGAAAUAGAAGGAUGUCUGUCAGAAGCUCUCGAGCAAAUAAAAACUAUUAGUUCAUCUCCAGACUACCAAACGAAUGACAACGACCAGGCAGUUGUGGAGAUCUGUAUCACUCGAAUCACAACGGCCAUCAGGGAAACAGAAUCCAUAGAGAAACAUGGGAAAGCCCUUGUUGCACUCUGGGACUCUUGCUUAGAGCACAAUCUGAAACCUUCAGGGAAAGAUGAAGAUACACCACAUGCAAAGAUUGCUUCUGAUAUUAUGAGCUGCAUUUUGCAGAAUUAUAACCGUCCUCCCAUCAUGGCAUUGGCUGUCCCCGUCGCAGUCAAGUUUCUGCAGAGGGGCAACAAAGAACUGUGCAGGAACAUGUCGAGUUAUCUCUCCCUUGCUGCAAUUAGCAAAGCAGAUUUGCUGGCUGAGCACACAGAAACCAUUAUAAAAAGUGUCCUGCAAGGGAACGCAAUGUUGCUACGCGUAUUACCCUGCUUGUAUGAAAAGCAAUCGCAGCCAAUUAACAGCCACCUGAAGGAUCUGGUAUCGCUGAUGUCUCAUUUGGAGCAGCCUGAACAGCAGCACCUUUUACGGCUUUUGCUUAUAGUUGCAAAGAAAAAACAACCAGAGGUGCUCAAAGAAUGUAUCCCUACUCUCACUAGUCACCUAAGAGAUCCCCAUCACAAUGACCUCAUCCUAAAUAUACUGAUAGAAAUAUCGGACUAUGAACCAGAAGUAUUGACAGAUUUGCUUCCAAUACUGAAGGAGAUUGGGGAGAGUUUCCCAAGUCUGAUUGGACAAGCUGCAAAGAUCUAUGGAGCGGUUGGACAUGUUGAUGAGGAAAGAGCCAGGAUCUGCCUGAUCUACUUGGUUAAUCAGCUGGCCAACAUGGAACAUUCAUUUCACCAUAUUCUUCUGUUGGAGAUCAAGCACAUCACAGACACCUUCUCCAAUAUCCUGGGCAUCCAGAGCAGAGACAUUUAUCGUAUGAGCAACAGUUUCACAGCAAUAGCAAAACUUCUCAUCCAACAGCUGGAAAACGACGCCACCACUGAGAGCAGGGUAGAAGAUGUUGCUGAAACAGAAUCUCCUUCUCAGCUGGAUGACUUAAAAUCCACUAUGAAUGGGAAUGAAGACGAUGAAAAGCUUCAGGUUAAAAAACAAGCUUUUGAAGAGAAAAUAAACAUUGACAGCAGCACUCCUGGCUCUGUACGCCGGUAUAGUCUUGGCCAGGUUUCUAAAGAAGAAAGGAAGGACAUGAGGUUUAACAGGUCCAAAAGUCUAGCUUUGCAUGCUGUCCGUUUGAGGAGUGUUCAUUCUGACAAUGGACAAGAGAUGGAGAAUGGAGAUGUUACAGCCGGCAUCUCUUUCACAGAUAUCUAUCUGAGCCAAGAAGCCGACAAAUUGCCUUCCAGUGCAGACACUGAAGAGUCGCAGCUGGAACAGUCUUCACUUUCGCACCCAAGUAUCAAAUGUACAGAACCAGAGAAUCUGCCAGAACCCGUUAAAGAAAACUGCCAUGAAGGGAGCCCGAAGACAAUACAGAAUCCUGCCGAGUAUCAAGAUAAGCUUUACUUUCACUUAAAGGAAAAUCUCUCUAAAGUGAAAGCAUAUGUCAUGGAGAUGGGGAAGAAAAUUCCUCUCCCAGAUGAGUGUGUUAUUGAAGAUACCGUCAGAAGUUGUGUAGCAAAGUUGUUCUUCAGCUGUCCCCUGAAAGGACAUUACUGCCUGUACAGUAAAUCCAGUUUUACUCUCAUCAGUCAACAGCCUCAGCUUUGGAUCCACAUCAUGUUUCUCUUUCAGCAGCAGAGUUUGUUCCCAGAAGCUUUGUCCAUGCAAAAUAAUUCUGUACAAGCCUUGAAAGCGUUGUGGGAGAAAACCCAGCUGAAGGGAACACACAGCUUUGAAACUGCAAUGGUUCAGUCUACAUUUCCACACCAAAAGGAUCUGGACCAUGUGCGGAUACAUCUGGAAGAAGUGAGGUUCUUUGAUUUAUUUGGUUACAGCGAGGAAGCAGGGGCUUGGCAGUGCUUCAUGUGUAAUAACCCUGAAAAAGCAACAGUUGUCAAUCAAGAUGGCCAACCCUUAAUUGAAGGCAAGCUGAAAGAAAAGCAAGUUCGGUGGAAAUUCAUCAAAAGGUGGAAAACCCGCUAUUUCACGCUUGCUGGGAAUCAGCUUCUCUUUCGCAAAGGGAAAUCUAAAGAUGACCCAGACGACUGCCCCAUUGAGCUCAGCAAGGUCCAGAGUGUCAAAGUGGUGGCCAAGAAACGCAGGGAUCGCAGCCUCCCUCGGGCCUUUGAAAUAUUCACGGACAGUAAGACCUACGUUUUCAAGGCCAAAGAUGAGAAGAAUGCCGAGGAAUGGCUCCAGUGCAUUAACGUAGCAGUUGCCCAAGCGAAAGAAAGGGAGAGCAGGGAAGCAACCACCUAUUUGUAAGAACUCUGGGCCUGUUUAUAUGAUUCACAAGGCUAGCACACAUGAAUAUGUAAAAUAUCUCAUCGUCUGAGUCACGGAAGGAAAAAAAAGCCAGUAUCAGACCUCAUUGAUAAUAUUGCUCAAGCUGGGUGCCGUUGCAACAUCCCUUGUUUACGAGGAGUGGCACAGGGACUAAUGCAACUAAUGCCAUGUCCAUUAUAGUUGCUUCAGACUGACAAAUGCCCUUCCAAUCUCUCCACUUCUACAGUGGCUGCAUUCAGGCAGCACUUUAUUCUAUUUUCUCGACGUUUCCUCACCAGAACAUUUUUGUGUUUUAUUUGAUCAUUCACACACACUUCAGGAAAUCUAGCAGAAUCUAGUGGAAGUUCAACACUCGUUUCCACGUUAAUUGCUUCCAGGAAGAAAAAAUUUUAAAACCAUUUGCAACCUCGUUAACCCCUUGGAAAAACUGUGGGAGUCUUGUGCUGGAAUUUCACGGAUCCCACCACUGGCGCUCAUGUGAAAUGGUGGUGCUGUUCUGGCAUACUUUCAUCUCCCACCAUUUUCAUGGGGGAACAGAAGCAGGCAUGCUCAAAACGGAUGUGAUGCAUACAGUGGUGUUUGCUUUUGUGUUACGACACAGCCAUUGAUACGAAUGGAAUUUAGCACGGCAUGGUGAUAUAUCUGUCAAAAGGCUACAGUUCUGUAUGCAGCAGGUCAUGCAGCAUAAAAGAAAUGUUGGAAACAGGGACAGAAGCGCUAGCAUUACAACCAGAAAACGAUCACAAUAAUCCCCACAUCUGAGUGCACCCAGUGCUUGUUCGGGGGACCAAUGCAUUUCUGUGCAUGGAACGUACAUGGACACUACAGAAGCAACAUUUUGCUCCUUGGAUAAUACCUACAGAUGUAUAUAAGAUUGCCUUUGUCCUGAGUAUUGUUUAAGUAGCAUGCAAUAGAAAUCUGUUCAUGUGUGCAGAGUGACACAGUGCCUGGACCCUGCUUUCCAGGGGCAGUAUGAGGCCUUUAACUGUUUUACCAGCUCUGCCAACCAUGUCUUUCUUGAAGUGCACCCUGAUGAUAUUAAUGGCUCUUAUUAUCACCACCAUCUCAACAGCUGUUUAUGUAUCCACACAGCCUUUUUCGACUGACUUUGACUGCACUUUGGGUGGAUGUAGGACCACUCAAGGUGGGCUUUGUACAUGAACUCUGCUGUAUGUUUUGCCCUGACAUCACUGCAUGUAUCCUGCCUGCCUGCCACCUUCUGUGCCUCCAGCCUGCCACCACAAUAGCACCCAACACAAACUCACUAACAAGAUGGCGACAGGGUGGGGAGAUCUUCCCAGGCCACACCCGUCUGUACACAUUGGGCCGGAUUCAGCUAAGCCGUUCCAGCAGCAAAAGCCAGUGCUCGGACUCCCGGUAAUGCAACUGGGCUUUCUCCCCAUCAUGCGCCCCCUAAGCCUCCCCAAAAUUUUUCAAGAGGGCCGGGAGAACCCCCAGAACAGUGUGUAGGAGAAGCAGAAGGGAAGUGAUUCCAUCAGGCAAGCAGAAAAUCUUGUACUGAUGGAACAAUCUCAUCGGGGCUCUAUUGAAUUCCACCCAUUGAUUGAAAUUGGGCCCAGAAUGUUUUGAGGAUAGUCACAGGCAUGUGAGGAACAGAGAUUGUAGAUUAUGAAAACACUGGAGGUCAACAGGAUUUUCUGUCCAUCUGUCUUACCCACUGGGGUAUGUAAAGGAGAGUAAAUUCUUUCAAGCCAGUACAACGCAGGAAUUAAAACCUUUGCUGAAC